AUGGCAAAAGGUAAAUUCAUUGCACAUCGAGAAAUCUCUGCAAAUAUGACUACUACAGCAGCAGCCUCAGAAAUUGGCGGUAUAACCGAUGGGGGAGGACUUUUUCCUACGUUUGUUCCGAGUGAUAUUGCGGGUCAGACGGUGUUCGGUUGUCCUAUUUCAUCUUUCAUGUCCCUCGAUGCCAAAUGUCCCAUCACCGGCAGCGGACUCCCGGCAUGUGCAACACAAACUGCUAGUUUCGACGAGCCUUGCUGUGGUUCUCUAAGCGCCUUUGCGACUAGUGUUGGAGAUUGUUAUAGCAGUAAUGCGCCGGCUUGUUUGAAUUUAGAAGAACUUACCCGCAGCCUAACAGCCUUCAGCGCCACAGCAACAGAUCAACAAAUCACCAACCCCUGCGCACUAUUCGCUUCUACAGCCAGUAGUAGCAAUCCUACCGAGACAGGAGGACAAGCAGCUGAGACGAGUGGAUCUGGAGACUCUGGAGAAUCUAGCGGCUCUGAAGAGUCCACUCCCACAGGAUCUGCAACCGACAGCGCCAAUACUGCUGAGAGUACAACUUCCAACUCUGGGGCUGUGAAGGAGAGAGGAAAUAUGGGGUUGAAAACGAUUGCUACUCUGGCAUUGGUGGGAAGUUUGGGGGUUUUGUGGUUGUGA